CGGGUCACGCACACGAAUCGAAGCUGCAGCUACCAAGCUGAUUGGCCGCCAUGUUGAGGAACUUCUUCCUGUUUCUGGUCGCCGUGACGUUGCACUACCACCCAACCUACGCCCAGUGUGCUGACGAAACAGAUUGCUCCGCACGCUGCAACCCAGGCAAAAUUAGCUAGCACCAACUCUUCUUGUUACGGAUGUCGUUUCUCUUGCAGAAGUCUGGAGAAGACAACUGUGCGAGUUCUACGCAGAGUUGCGCGAUUGGAGACUGACGGCCGCUCGUUGCGGACUGCUGGAACUACCUGAAAUAGGAUCAGCCAGUGGAAUGUACGGUCUCCUCGACGAUGAUGUAGAUGACGUUGAGAUAGUAGCAGUUGAGCAGUGAUCUGGUUGAGGUGUGGAGAAGGGAGCAAUCUGAUUGGUCGGAAGAGCUCCAAUCAUGGAGAUCUCUAGUCGGAGACGCUGGAUCUGAGGGGGCGGAGCCUCCACCUGACCCCUUCAACCUUUGGAGCGAGAACUUGUCGAACUGGGCAGGCGAAUUUACAACUUACAACACAACACUUUUACGAACUUUGUACCAUGUGACUUCUCACUAUCAUAACUACCUAAUGGUCUGAAUGGCGCGAUUAUUUUGUGUACAAUUAUUUAUGCGUACAUUGAUACUUCUUUCAAUUGCGCAUGGAUUCGAAUUGAGCGCUUCUUCUUACGCGAAAAUAUUUC